GAAAAACACCCCAACUCACCAAUGACAGCAAAGCAGAUAUUGGAAGUCAUUCAGAAAGAAGGGUUAAAAGAAACAAGUGGAACCUCUCCAUUAGCCUGUCUGAAUGCAAUGCUUCACACUAACACUCGAAUAGGGGAUGGAACAUUCUUCAAAAUCCCUGGAAAGUCAGGCCUAUAUGCUCUCAAAAAAGAGGAGUCGUCAUGCCCAGCAGAUGGCACGUUGGAUUUAGUCUGUGAAUCUGAAUUGGAUGGUACAGAUAUGGCCGAGGCAAAUGCCCGUGGAGAAGAAAAUGGAGUUUGUUCGAAGCAGGUAACUGAUGAAGCAUCUUCCACUCGAGAUUCAAGCCUUACUAACACAGCAGUGCAAAGCAAGUUAGUGUCUUCCUUCCAGCAGCACACCAAAAAGGCUCUUAAACAGGCUUUGAGGCAGCAGCAGAAAAGAAGAAAUGGAGUCUCAAUGAUGGUAAACAAGACUGUUCCUCGUGUUGUUUUGACACCAUUAAAGGUGUCUGAUGAGCAGUCGGAUUCGCCUUCAGGAUCCGAAUCUAAAAAUGGUGAAGCAGACAGUUCAGAUAAAGAAAUGAAACAUGGGCAAAAAUCUCCCACUGGAAAACAAACAAGUCAGCACUUAAAACGAUUAAAAAAGUCUGGUUUAGGGCACUUGAAAUGGACCAAAGCUGAGGACAUUGACAUAGAAACCCCAGGAUCUAUUCUUGUCAACACUAACUUGAGGGCAUUAAUAAAUAAACAUACGUUUGCUUCUUUACCUCAGCAUUUUCAACAAUACCUCCUGCUUUUGCUCCCAGAAGUGGAUAGGCAGAUGGGAAGUGAUGGAAUUUUACGCCUCAGUACUUCAGCUCUAAAUAAUGAAUUCUUUGCGUAUGCAGCACAAGGGUGGAAACAGCGACUGGCAGAAGGAGAGUUUACCCCAGAAAUGCAAUUGCGGAUAAGGCAAGAAAUUGAGAAGGAAAAGAAAACAGAACCUUGGAAAGAAAAAUUCUUUGAGAGGUUUUAUGGAGAAAAGCUGGGCAUGUCAAGAGAGGAAUCUGUGAAGCUCACUACUGGACCAAACAAUGCCGGAGCUCAGAGUAGUUCUUCAUGUGGGACUUCUGGCCUUCCAGUUUCUGCACAGACACCCUUGGCAGAACAACAGUCAAAAAGCAUGAAAAGCCCAGCUUCUCCAGAGCCUGGUUUCUGUGCUACUCUUUGCCCUAUGGUAGAAAUUCCAGCUAAAGAUAUAAUGGCAGAAUCGGAGUCAGAGGAUAUCUUGAUCCCUGAAGAAUCUGUAAUUCAGGAGGAAAUUACAGAAGAGGUAGAGACUAGUAUCUGUGAAUGCCAGGAUGAAAAUCAUAAGACAAUACCUGGAUUUUCUCAGGAGUCUGAAAGUCCAACCAAUUCUCAUGAAGAACCCCAAACAGCACCUCCUGAAGAUAACUUGGAGUCCUGUGUUAUGAUGAAUGAUGUUUUAGAAACUUUGCCUCAUAUUGAAAUUAAGAUAGAAGAGAAGUCAGAAUCGCCCCAGGAAGAAAUGACAGUUGUUAUCGAUCAGUUAGAAGUCUGUGAUUCUCUUGUUCCUUCCGCUUCAUCUGUGACUCAUGUCAGUGACACAGAACGUAAGGAGUCAGAAACUGCAAUAGAGACCAGUACCCCUAAAAUAAAAACAGGGUCAUCUUCUCUAGAAGGCCGGUUUCCAAAUGAAGGAAUUUCUGUAGAUAUGGAGCUACAGAGUGACCCUGAAGAACAGCUUUCAGAAAAUGCCUGCAUCUCUGAAACGUCCUUUUCUUCUGAGAGCCCAGAGGGAGCCUGUACCAGCCUGCCUUCCCCAGGAGGGGAAACACAGUCCACAUCAGAAGAAUCAUGUACUCCAGCCUCCCUUGAGACAACAUUUUGUUCUGAGGUAUCUAGCACUGAAAAUACAGACAAAUACAACCAGAGAAAUUCCACUGAUGAAAACCUUCGUGCAUCUUUGAUGUCAGAAAUAUCUCCAAUAUCCACUUCACCUGAACUAUCAGAAGCAUCUCUUAUGUCCAAUUUACCAUUAACAUGUGAAGCAUCACCAAUAUCCAACUUACCUUUAACAUCAGAAACCUCACCGAUGUCUGACUUACCUUUAACAUCAGAAACUUCUUCAGUGUCUUCCAUGCUUCUCACCUCUGAGACCACUUUUGUAUCCAGUUUGCCACUUCCUUCAGAAACGUCUCCAAUUUCUAACUCUUCCAUAAAUGAGAGAAUGGCACAUCAGCAAAGAAAGUCACCUUCUGUAUCUGAAGAGCCGCUCUCCCCGCAGAAAGAUGAGUCUUCUGCCGCUGCCAAACCUCUGGGAGAGAACCUUACCUCACAGCAGAAGAAUCUUUCUAAUACUCCCGAACCCAUCAUAAUGAAUUCUUCUUCCAUUACUCCUGAAGCAUUUCCGUCUGAAGAGUUGCACAACAAAACCCUGAGUCAGCAAACUUGUAAAUCUCAUGUUGACACUGAGAAGCCCUACCCUGCUUCGAUUCCAGAACUUGCUUCUGCUGAAAUGAUAAAAGUUAAAAAUCAUAGCGUCCUGCAAAGAACAGAAAAAAAAGUGUUAUCUUCACCAUUGGAAUUAUCUGUCUUUUCUGAAGAGACAGAGAAUAAGGGAAAUGAGCUUCCAUCUGCUAAAGUGCAGGACAAGCAAUAUAUCUCAUCAGUGGAUAAGACUUCAUUUUCAGAAGGCUCUAGAAAUAAGACACAUAAGCAAGGGAGUACACAGAGUCGGUUAGAAACCUCACAUACUUCCAAGUCGUCAGAGCCCUGCAAGUCACCUGAUGGGUUGAGAAAUGAAAGUAGAGAUUCAGAGAUAUCAAAGAGGAAAACUGCAGAGCAGCACAGCUUUGGAAUCUGUAAGGAAAAGAGAGCUAGGAUAGAAGAUGAUCAGUCAACCAGGAACAUAUCAUCUAGCAGCCCACCUGAGAAAGAACAGCCUCCAAGAGAGGAACCAAGGGUUCCCCCUCUCAAGAUUCAGCUUUCCAAAAUUGGGCCACCUUUUAUAAUCAAGAGCCAACCCGUCUCCAAACCCGAGUCUCGAGCAUCCACUAGCACAUCCGUCAGUGGCGGGAGGAACACAGGAGCCAGGACCCUGGCAGAUAUCAAGGCCCGGGCCCAACAAGCUCGGGCUCAGCGAGAGGCUGCUGCAGCUGCUGCUGUAGCUGCUGCAGCGAGCAUUGUCUCUGGAGCCAUGGGAAGCCCAGGAGAGGGUGGAAAGGCGAGAACCCUGGCACACAUCAAAGAACAGACAAAGGCUAAGCUCUUUGCAAAGCAUCAAGCUCGAGCCCAUCUCUUCCAGACCUCUAAAGAGACCCGGUUGCCUCCGCUCAGCUCAAAGGAAGGGCCUCCAAACUUAGAAGUCUCUUCUACCCCUGAAACAAAAAUGGAAGGUUUGACUGGUGUCAUUAUUGUCAAUCCAAACUGUAGAUCUCCUAGCAACAAGUCUGCCCACCUCCGGGAGACCACCACUGUACUACAGCAGUCUCUUAACCCAAGUAAACUUCCAGAAACUGCCACUGACUUAUCUGUGCAUAGUUCUGAUGAAAACAUACCUGUGUCACAUUUAUCUGAGAAAAUUGUUUCAUCUACCUCUUCUGAAAAUAGCAGUGUGCCCAUGCUUUUUAAUAAAAAUUCUGUCCCUGUAUCUGUUUGCAGCACUGCUAUAUCGGGAGCAAUUAAAGAACAUCCCUUUGUGAGUUCUGUUGAUAAAUCCUCUGUCCUAAUGUCUGUUGACAGUGCAAACACUACAAUUUCUGCUUGUAAUAUAAGCAUGUUAAAAACCAUCCAGGGAACUGACACUCCAUGUAUAGCCAUUAUACCAAAAUGUAUUGAAAGCACUCCCAUUUCAGCCACUACAGAGGGCUCCAGCAUAUCAAGCUCCAUGGAUGAUAAGCAGUUACUAAUAUCAAGCAGCAGUGCUAGUAACUUAGUCUCCACUCAGUACACCUCUGUGCCAACUCCCUCCAUCGGAAACAAUUUGCCAAACCACCUCUCCACUAGCUCUGUCUUGAUUCCCCCGACGGGAAUUAACAACAGAUUUCCUUCUGAGAAGAUAGCCAUACCUGGGAGUGAAGAACAGGCCACUGUAUCCAUGGGUACCACUGUGAGAGCAGCCCUCAGCUGCAGUGAUUCCGUAGCGGUCACAGACUCUCUGGUUGCACACCCAACCGUCGCAAUGUUUAGUGGAAACAUGCUGACAAUAAACUCUUAUGAUAGUCCUCCCAAGUUAAGUGCUGAAAGCCUGGACAAAAAUUCAGGGCCUCGAAACAGGGCAGAUAAUUCUGGAAAACCUCAGCAACCACAAGGGGGCUUUGCACCAGCAGCCAUAAACCGAUCAAUUCCGUGUAAAGUCAUCGUUGACCACAGCACCACGCUGACCUCCAGUUUGUCUCUGACUGUCUCCGUUGAAAGUUCAGAAGCCAACUUGGACCUGCAGGGCAGGCCAGUGAGGACAGAGGCAUCCGUACAGCCUAUGGCGUGUCCUCAGGUCUCUGUGAUUAGCAGGCCUGAGCCAGUUGCCAGUGAAGGUGUAGAUCACAGUUCCACUUUCAUUGCUGCUUCGGCAGCAAAACAAGAGUGUAAAAUAUUGCAGACCACCUGCACAAGUCUCCGAGAAUUACCCCUUGUUCCAGAUAAAUUAAAUGAGCCAACUGCUCCCAGUCAUAACUUUGCUGAGCAGGCACGUGGCCCAGCUAUGUUCAAAAGUGAGGCAGACACAACCUGUAGCAAUCAGUAUAACCCAAGUAACCGGAUUUGCUGGAGUGAUGAUGGGAUGAGGAGCACAGGACAGCCUCUGGUUACUCAUUCGGGUUCAAGUAAACAAAAAGAAUAUCUAGAGCAAAAUUGUCCAAAGGCUAUCAAAACUGAACAUGCCAGCUACUUGAACGUGUCAGAACUUCAUCCCAGGAAUCUCAUAACAAAUGUUGCUCUUCCUGUGAAAUCUGAACUUCAUGAAGCAGACAAGGGCUUUAGAAUGGACACUGAAGACUUCCCCGGCCCUGAGCUGCCUCCUGCAGCUGCAGAGGUAGCCUCUAGUGUACAACAAACACAGAACGUGAAAACUUCCACCUCGAGUCCCAUGGAAGAGGCUAUUUCCUUGGCUCCCGACACCCUGAAAAGAGUCCCUGGUGCAGGGAGCUCAAGCUGUCGUCUGUCCUCUGUGGAGGCUAACAACCCGCUGGUGACGCAGUUACUACAGGGCAACCUGCCUUUGGAAAAAGUGUUGCCACAACCCAGAUUGGGAGCCAAGCUUGAAAUCAACAGGCUUCCAUUGCCUCUUCAAACUACCUCAGUGGGUAAAACAGUGCCAGAGAGAAACGUUGAAAUUCCGCCCAGCUCUCCAAAUCCAGAUGGUAAGGGCUACUUGGCAGGGACUCUUGCACCACUCCAAAUGAGAAAGCGAGAAAACCACCCCAAAAAGAGAGUAGCUAGGACUGUAGGAGAACACACUCAAGUUAAAUGUGAACCAGGAAAAUUGUUAGUGGAGCCAGAUGUUAAAGGGGUGCCUUGUGUCAUCAAUUCUGGCAUGAGUCAGCUGGGACACAGCCAGACAUUUAAGCAAGAAUGGCUAAACAAGCACUCCAUGCAGAACAGAAUUGUUCACAGCCCUGAGGUCAAACAGCAAAAGAGACUGCUCCCCUCGUGUAGCUUCCAGCAGAACCUAUUUCAUGUUGACAAGAAUGGCGGCUUCCACCCUGACGCUGGUACCUCACACAGACAGCAGUUUUACCAAAUGCCUAUGGCUGCCAGGGCCCCCAUUCCUACUGCAGCUCUAUUACAGGCCUCUUCCAAGACCCCAGUGGGGUGUAAUGCAUUUGCCUUCAACAGGCAUCUUGAACAGAAAGGAUUGGGAGAGGUUAGUCUUUCCUCAACACCUCACCAGCUAAGGUUAGCCAACAUGUUAUCCCCCAAUAUGCCCAUGAAAGAAGGUGAUGAGGUGGGAGGCACUGCACAUGCAAUGCCAAACAAAGCACUAGUACAUCCACCACCACCACCGCCUCCCCCUCCCCCUCCCCCUCCACCCUUGGCUUUGCCCCCGCCUCCCCCCCCACCACCUCCACUACCUCCACCUCUCCCUAAUGCAGAAGUCCCAUCCGAUCCAAAACAACCUCCAGUUACCAUGGAAACCACUAAGAGACUUAGUUGGCCACAGUCCACGGGCAUAUGUAGCAAUAUAAAAUCGGAACCUCUUUCUUUUGAGGAAGGUUUAAGCAGCAGCUGUGAACUGGGCAUGAAACAAGUUUCCUAUGACCAGAAUGAAAUGAAAGAACAGUUAAAAGCAUUCGCACUAAAAAAUGCAGAUUUCUCUUCCUAUUUGCUUUCUGAGCCACAAAAGCCUUUUACCCAAUUAGCUGCUCAGAAAAUGCAGGUGCAGCAACAACAGCAGCUCUGUGGAAAUUAUCCAACAAUACACUUUGGUAGCACGAGUUUCAAAAGGGCAGCAUCUGCAAUUGAAAAGUCCAUUGGGAUUUUGGGAAGUGGCUCCAAUCCUGCCACGGGCUUGCCUGGUCAGAACGCUCAGAUGCCCGUUCAGAACUUUGCCGACAGCAGCAAUGCAGACGAAUUGGAACUGAAAUGCUCUUGCCGGCUGAAAGCCAUGAUUGUGUGCAAAGGCUGUGGGGCCUUCUGCCAUGACGACUGCAUAGGUCCUUCAAAACUCUGUGUAGCAUGCCUGGUUGUACGAUAAGAGCUGAGUGAAAGAUGCAGUAUCCCUUUUCCACACGGAAAAGCCAAAUAGCAUCAGCAGCAACACAUCGAAUAAUGCAGUGGUUUCUAUCAUGCUAAUUUAUUUUGCUUUGAAGCAGGUACCUUUCCUCUAUGGCAUUAUUUUCUUGCAUUUCUCGUAAAGGGGAGGAUGCAUUCCCAACUGAAUGGCUCACUGGCAUGUCUUUUACAUGUUCAGUUGCCAUUCCUAGCUUUGAAAGUUUCUGUCCAUGUGUAUACAAGUCAAUGCUCCAUUUUUGUUUUUCUUUUAACCCAGGUGUAGAUAGGAAUAGGAAAUUUUUAAUUACUUAAUAACCAGAAAUGCAGAUAUAUAAAGAGAAUGAGAGGAAUGAUUUAAAGUGGUUAUGCAUUUUUCUAUAGAUGAGCCGUUACAGCAAGGAAUUUUACAGUUGGCUUUUCUGGACCUAGCUUUACCACAGUGAUUAAAUCCUAUUUAGAAAGGGGAGUCUGAUUUAAAUGUGUGAUUCCUUGUAUUUACUCCUAUUACAAAAGAUAUAUGAAAGGAGGUAUGCCAUUGAUGAAAUCCACUAUCCUGAGUAUUACCUUUCCUCCUGUUUUACUCUUUCUCAAAGACUAUGGCAGAAUAUCUGGAUCUUCCUUGGAUUUUGUACACAUAUUGUAGUGAAAUGUGUCCUGCAUCUGAAAUUGCAGCAUGGGACUCAUGCCCAGCAUCUGGUUCUAGCCCUUUGACACCUGAUCAUAUGAAAUCAAUUGGUCAGCCAGUAGCCAUAAGCCCAGAGGAUUUUAGAGCUUCAUGUAUGGCUUUUAAGAGUAGGUUUGCAAAAAAAAAAAAAAAAAAAAAA